CGCCCCCCGCGCCGCCCCGCCCUCCGACCCCUCCGCCCCACUCGACCUCCUGCUGUUCGAGGAGGAGGCCUCGCAGCAGCCGCAGGGCGGGGAUGACAAGGGCACAGCAGAGGCGGCUGCCACGGACCGACCCGGCGGGUCGGUGGCUGUCGGAUCGGCCCCGCAUGUCCGCACCACCCUGGUCCCCAUUGUGGACCUGGCACACCCAGCUGGAGGGGCGAAUGUGGGCAGCAAGGGGGCGGGCGGCUUGGAUCCAGGUUUGGAUCUGGAGGGGGACGAGGACGACCUCAUAGUGGAGCCGGAUGAGGAGGAAGCGGGCGGGAAGGGGGGAGCUGCGGGAGGCGAGGCUGCCGGGGUUUCGGAGCAGGAGGCGGCGGAGGCAUCCAAGGGCGUUACCAAGAUGGAGGGAGGCGGCGAGGAGGAGGAGGAGGAGGAGGAAGAAGAAGAGGAGGAAGCUGAGGUUGAUGAAGAUGAGGAGGAGGAGGAGGAGGAGGAGGCCGGGGAAGAGGAGGCCGGGGAGGGCGAGGCGGAGGCAGCAGAGGGCGAGGGGGAGGAGGCUGAAGAAGAGGAGGAAGGGGGGGAUGCUGAGGGAGACGAGGAGGAGGAGGGGGUCAUGUACGAUGUGGAUGAAGAGUACGACAGUUCGGAUGAGGAGGACGCCGUACAACCUGAGGCGCUGCACUUUGAGGAGGAGGAGGCGGACACCGCAGCAGGGGCCGGGCUGGCAUCAGCAGCAGCAGGCGGGGAGGGGCCGGAGGGCGGGCGGGAGGCUCAGCGGCGGCAGCUGACGGAGGCGCUGAUCGCGGCGGCGAGGGAGCGGCACGCGGCGGCGGUGGCGGCGGCGCGGCGGCGGGCGGCUGCUGAGCGGGGGGCGGGGGCGUUCUUCGUGGAUGUGGAGGCGGAGCUGAGUGACGAAGAGGAGGGCAUGGCCGCGCUGGAGGACCUGGAUGACGAGUACGACGGAGAGGACCUGGACGAGGGGGUGCUGGCUUCCCUGCUUGGCACUGCCCGCGAGAGCGCUGCUGACGAGUCGCGGCGCGCCUCGCUGCACGCGGCGUGGGAGGCGGAGCGGGACAGCGCGGCGGUGCGGGAGCUGCUGGAGGCGGUGCGGCGCGGCUUCAGGAGGGGCAGGCGGAGGGGGCUGGCGGGGGAUGAGGAUGAGGAGGACGUCACGGACC